AACAAACUUUCUCAAUGCGCGUAUGAUUGGCUACUGCGUCCAUGUGUUCUUCGUAUAAUUCGUCGAAUCGUGGAUAGUCACAAAAUCCCACGUGGCCCGAAAAAUGUCGAGAAAUCACGCUUCCUCAAACGCUUCGGUCUUUCAUAUCAGUUCAUAUUGUAUACAUUCUUAUACAUUAGGCAUACACCUAAUGUAAUCGUACGAAAAUUGUUAGCAUUGAUUCCACAUUUCAGUGGUUGAUUCUAUUUAAAUUACGUGGUUUAUUAUUCCUACUGGUCCAUCGUUGGAUACGUGUUUACACGUUCCUGGGUUCAUUCUUGAGAUUGAGAUGCGUCAGACACAUAGGCGAGGGCAACGUUUGGAGUAUGGAAUUCUGUUGCUGGCUGUUCAGGCGAUAAAUUAUGGUAUCGAUAAAAUACCACCAGUUACCUUAACAGCGGUUAUAGGACAAGCACUCUUGUACACAGGAGUAGUACAGACUCCGUGGAAGGCAGAGGAUGUUUGUAUAUCUAGCGUGAAAGUACUCAAGUAUCAUGACUGGCGCUCUUUUUUAUUAUCAAAUUUUGAGCAUGGGUCUGACAUGCACCUGUACUACAAUAUGGUUUCCCUGAUAUUAAAAGGCUCAAGCUUGGAGAGCAAGUAUGGAACGAGUAAUUUUCUUCUCCUGCUCUCCGUCUUAUGCAUCACCUGUAGUGGCAUGUACGUAGCUUUAGGAUACGGACUGAUGCACCUAACUGGCGACUAUGGAUAUUAUACUGCGUGUGCAAUUGGCUUCUCAGCUGUCCUUUUUGCCCUGAAAGUAAUUGGUGUGUCAGAGGAACGAGAUGGCAUACACGACGUCGGAGGCUUCAAAGUCCCGAGUAAAAUUGCCGUAUGGGUGGAGUUGAUCCUGAUACAUAUACUGGUACCCAACGCAUCGUUCGUUGGUCACUUGGGUGGAAUACUGACAGGCUGUCUUUAUUGUUAUACCUACUUUGGUUCGAUUAUAGAUAGAAUGAUCAGUAAGGCAACAGGCAAAUAUCUUAUACAUGGGGAGGAAUUUUACAGACGACGCGGUUACUUUUUUUGAGAUGCCAGGAGGUUUACCAUCUUGUUCCUCCAACUUUACAGUUUUCCUGAUUAUGUACACUAAACCAUUAUUAUCUCUCGCAUACCUAUGUGCAAGUUCUGUCUUCCAUGAUCUAUUGAACGAUUAUGGAUAACUUUUAAAAUUUCCCUGUAGAACUGUACCAGAAACAAAAGCGUUACUUCUUGGCCCCUUCAGUGCGCAAUAAUAUAGAGAGUACAAAAAAAUGAUUGAAAGAAGUAAUUUCUAGCGUUUGAUAUCCAAGAAUACUAACGUAUGUUUGCAUCUUAUCGCGAAAGUAGACAACUGGCUUGAUGACAAUUUAAAAUAUCCUGCAGGCGGUACAAACCAACAUAAUGCUUGUACUUUAUUUAUCGUAUUCUUUUGUAAAAAUGAUUAUAACUGUAUACCUAUAUUUUAUUACAUGACUAAUAAAAGAACUGAGUACAUUCCUA